AUGCGGCGGCGCUUAGUCAACAACAUCCCCACAAUCAGCAAAAUCAUCAUGAUGCUGGAAGGAUCUGAGGUGGAGCUCUCUAACAACUCAGUGCUUGUCAAUGGCAAGAUGGAAUCUCUUCCAUUCAGUAAAUCAGGAGUGACUGUCAAGGGGACCGCAUCUAGUAUCUCUGUUGAAGCUAAUCUGGGAAUAAAGGCAAUCUGGAACCUGGACGACUCCCUUGAUAUUGAAAUAGAUGAGAAAUAUCGGACUCAGACAUGUGGACUGUGUGGAAACUUUGAUGGCAUAUCCAAUGAAUUCCUGAAUGAUGGAACCCCAGUGUCUGUGGUGGACUAUGCUGAGACCUGGAAGAUAAAUGGCCCCACAGAGUACUGUGAGGAGACUGACAUCAACCCAGUCCCGAGCUGUGGUGAUAAGCGCAUCUGUAACCGGAAGGUCGGCGGCUCAAUCCCCGGGCUCUCUGUCCUGGUCGUUGUGUCCUUGGGCAACACACCUUACCCACCUGGUUUUGGCCCCGAUGGCGCGAUACGGCAGCCUCGCCUCAGUCAGUCUGCCCCAGGUGUAUGUGAAAGCGGUCAGUGGAGUUGUACAGAGACAAACUGUCCAGGAAUCUGUUCUGUCAAAGGAGGAGCUCAUGUUAACACCUUUGAUGGAAAAGUCUACACAUUUCAUGGCGAUUGCUCCUAUGUUCUAGCUAAGGACAGUAAUGGUUUGUCCUACACUGUGCUGGUGGAUCUGGUCAAGUGCGGGCUAAGUGACACAAAGACUUGCCUCAGAACUGUAACUUUGGCCUUAGGCAGCAAUUCUGUGGUUGUUAAAGUUCAGGCAUCUGGGCAGGUCUAUGUGAACCAGAUUAAUUCUCAGCUUCCACUGUUUACAGCUGAUCUGAGAGUCUUUAAGCCAUCUUCCUUCUACAUCCUUGUAAGCACCACAGUGGGCAUACAACUGAUGAUUCAGCUGUCUCCCAUAAUGCAGCUGUUCAUUUCAGCUGACAGGUCCCUCACAGGAACCACCUCUGGUUUAUGUGGAAACUUCAACGACAUCAUGAGUGACGACUUUAGAGUGACAAGUGGGCUGGUGGAAGGCACUGCUGCUGCAUUUGCAAAUGCAUGGAAAACCAGAGCCAGCUGCCCGGACAUUAUAUCACAUUUUGGAGACCCUUGUAACAACAACAUCCUCACAGAGAAAUAUGCUGAUUUCUGGUGCUCCAAAUUAACUGAUCCCGAGGGAGUGUUUGCUCCCUGCCACGCUGUCGUUAGCCCCAGCACAUAUAAAGAUAACUGUAUGUAUGACACCUGUAACUGUGAAAAAAGUGAGGACUGCAUGUGUGCAGCAGUUUCCUCAUAUGUCUAUGCCUGCUCAGCAGCAGGAGUCCACAUCAGUGGCUGGAGGAAAACCAUCUGUGGUUUACCAUUAGGUUCACCACAAUGCGAAUAUCCCAUGGUGUACUUUGACUGCUCCACUGCUCAACCUGGGGCUACUGGCACUGAAUGUCAAAAGAGCUGCAGCACCGCUGACAUGGCUUGUAUCCACACAGGCUGUACAUCAGGCUGCAUGUGCCCAGAUGGGCUCUUGUCAGAUGGAGCAGGAGGCUGCGUCAAUGAGACCAGCUGUCCAUGUGUGCACAAUGGACAAGUCUACCAGCCUGGAGAGACACUGACAGUGGAUUGCAAUACCUGUUCCUGCAGUGGAAGGAAGUUCACAUGUACCAACGAGACGUGUGAUGCUGUUUGUGGAAUCUAUGGAGAUGGUCACUACGUCACCUUUGACGAUAAGAGGUUCGACUUCAGUGGACAGUGCGAAUACACACUUCUACAAGACUUCUGUGGCACCUAUAAUGGCAAUGGAAGCUUCAGAAUUAUUACUGAAAAUGUUCCAUGUGGAACAACAGGAACCACCUGUUCUAAGACCAUCAAGAUCUUCUUGGGGGAUAAUGAAUUCCAGCUUAAAGAUGACAAUUUACAAGUGGUAAAGGGCACUAUCCAGGCGCUUCAGGUACAAAAAAUGGGCAUUUACAUAGUGGUGACAAUCAAGCCUGGACUUGUUCUCAUGUGGGACCAGAAGACCAGUCUUUUCAUUACAAUCAGUCCACAGUUCCAGGGUCAGGUCUGUGGUCUGUGUGGAAACUAUGAUGGUAACAGUAAGAAUGACUUCACCACACGCUCCCAGGAAAUAGUAGCAGAUGUUCUACAAUUUGGUAACAGCUGGAAAGUUUCAUCUAGUUGCCCCAGUGCAGAGCUAAUCAGUGAUCCCUGUGCCUCAAAUCGCUACCGGGCAGCCUGGUCUCAAAAACAGUGCAGUAUCAUCACAAGUGUCACCUUCCAGAGCUGUCAUUCAAAGGUUGACCCUGGUCCAUAUUUUGAUUCCUGUGUGAGAGACUCCUGUGCUUGUGACACUGGUGGGGACUGCGAAUGUCUCUGUACUGCGGUGGCUGCAUAUGCUAAAGCCUGUAAUGAAGCUGGGACCUGCAUUGCAUGGAGGACUCCAAAGUUUUGUCCUAUUUUCUGUGACUACUAUAAUUCACCUGGUGAAUGUGAGUGGCACUAUAAGCCUUGUGGAGCUAAUUGCAUGAAAACAUGUAGGAAUCCAUCUGGAAACUGCUCGUCACUCAUCACCAACCUGGAAGGCUGCUAUCCACAGUGUCCCCCGAACCAACCCUACUUUGAUGAAGACACUAUGAAGUGCGUUUCCGGGGACCAGUGUGGAUGCUAUGAUGACCAAGGCAACCAUUACAACGUUGGUGAAAAGGUUCCAUCAGAGAACUGCUACACCUGCUUAUGUACAAUGUCGGGGAUACAAUGUAACUACAGUGUUAACUAUUGUACAUGCAUCAUUAAUGGAAAAAUGUACAACUAUGGGGACAAUAUCUACAACACAACUGAUGGCCUAGGAAACUGCAUCACAGCUGAGUGUGCAGAGAAUGGAAUUAAUGGAGAGUCCUGGGAUGCCGGCAACUGCACCACAGCUACGUGCAUUAAUGGGAAGAUUAUAACGAUGCCAACAGUCUGUCCUACUAUGCAGCAGCCCAUCUGCACCAAUGGACGCAGUGCUGCUAAGAUCUCAGAUGAUGACGGAUGCUGCCCUCACUAUGAAUGUCGAUGUGUGUGCAGUGUCUGGUGUGGAUCCCACUACUUAACAUUUGAUGGAGAAUCCUACAAUUUCAAUGAGAAUUGCUCUUACUACCUGGUCAAAGAGAUUAUUGCUAAAUAUAACCUGACUGUUGUAGUUAACCGUGAUUGUGAUCCAUCAAGCAGUACAUUCUGUCCCAAGGUUCUUACUGUUACAUAUAAAUCUUUCAAAGUGGUUUUGACUCAGCUGAUGUCUUCAGGAAUACCAACUAAUGUGGUGUUUGUCAAUCAGCAAAAGAUCUAUCCUGCCUAUAGCAAUUCGGUCCUGCGCAUUACUAGCACAGAUAUAAUCACCACAUUGGAGUUACAAGACAUCAGUGCAAAAAUAGUCUAUUCAGGCUCUUCAUUCAGCAUUGACCUUCCCUACUCCCUCUUUGAAGGAAACACAGAGGGACAAUGUGGUGGGAAGUUGCUCAGACACUGCAGGCGAGUGGCAGGUCCCACAUACACCCUGCGUUAUCCCCACAACCCCACCAACACCCAGAACCACAUCAAAGCCCCCACAUUCAACACCACCUGUUUGUGA